AUUUUAAAUUUUCAAACGGCUACAACUUUGUUAUUUUAAUUGGUAUAAUUUUUCUUAUAUAUUUAUUUUCUAGCAAGACAACGACUCCAAGCACACAUUGGUAAACUUUGAUUGUUUGUUAUAUUAUGAGCUGUCUCAUAGCUCAGAUUUAAAUCCGAUUGAUUAUGUUUGGGAGAUUUAUAAAUUUUAUUUAAAUAAAGAAAAAUUAAAUUUCGUCACAAUUCAGAGGCAUUCAUCCAAUAAAACAUUCUCCAGCAAAUUUGUGUCGUUCUCAUUUUAUGUUAAAGAUCAUUAAACUAUCAAAAAGAAAGAUGAGAAGAUUAUGGUGUGAAACAAGAAAAUUCUAAAUCUAAUUUAAACCUGUUUGUUAUUUUACAAAAAAAAAAAAAAAAUGAAAUAAAUUAAUCAAAGAGAUCAAAUUAAAUUUCGUUAUACAUCUAUAUUUUUGUAUUUCACAAUAAGACACUGAUGGUCUUAUGCAGUGUAUUUUUUCAGAAGUAUUGAUCUGGAUCACAAACAAGUUUAGCCAGCAAGUGUUCGUUUGUAAUUCUGCACAGACGGAGGAAAUCAACGGAAAAAUCAAAGAAAAUGGAGAUUCAAGCAACAAAUACAGAUCAUCCGAAAGAAACGGUAGACGUCGUAGUAGAAGUAACAGCCGAAGACGUUCCCGAUCCCGUUCGAAAGAUCGUCGCCGUACCAGCCGUGAUCGCAGACGAAGUCGUAGCCGAGAAAGACGCCGCUCAAAAGAUCGUAAUAGGUCGCGAGAACGCCGUUCUCGCUCACGAUCCAAAAAACGCAGCCGUUCCAGGGAUGUAAAUAAACGCUCCUCAGAUAAUAAGCGACGAAACGAUAGGCGUAGUCGCAGCAGAGAGCGGCGACCAAGAGAUAAAGCUGGAGCUGUAACCGCUACCGGAGGAAAUGCAAGUAGUGGUGGAGGCGCCGGAGCUAGACAUACACCUUCCCCUCCUUCCGUACGACUUCCUUUCCCGAAAAAAGGACGUUCCCCAAUCGGGUUGGGUUACAAUAGAGGAACGUCCCCUCCGGAAGAUCUUAGCCCAGAGGAGAGGGAUGCUAGAACGGUUUUUGUUAUGCAAUUAUCUCAAAGGAUUCGAGCGAGGGAUUUGGAGGAAUUUUUUAGUUCAGUUGGAAAAGUGCGGGAUGUUAGGUUGAUUACUUGUAAUAAAACGAGGAGGUUUAAAGGGAUUGCUUAUAUCGAGUUUAGAGACCCUGAAAGUGUAGCUUUGGCUUUGGGCUUAUCGGGACAAAAACUUUUGGGGGUCCCAAUUAUCGUACAACACACCCAAGCGGAAAAAAACAGAAUGGGAAAUUCAAUGCCAAACCUUAUGCCCAAAGGAAUGACCGGCCCUAUGAGAUUAUACGUUGGAUCUUUACAUUUUAACAUCACCGAAGAUAUGUUGCGAGGAAUUUUCGAACCUUACGGAAAAAUCGAUAACAUCCAAUUAAUUAUGGACCCGGAAACUGGGAGAUCUAAAGGAUACGGAUUUAUUACAUUCCAUAAUUGUGAUGAUGCAAAAAAAGCUUUGGAACAACUAAAUGGUUUUGAAUUAGCUGGUCGUCCGAUGAAAGUCGGAAAUGUAACCGAACGUCUUGAUUUGCAACAACAAGGUCCUUCAAUUUUAGAUUCUGAUGAAUUAGAUCGAUCGGGAAUCGAUUUAGGUGCAACUGGACGUCUUCAGCUCAUGUUUAAAUUAGCUGAAGGUGCUGGAAUGCAAGUACCACAAGCGGCGGCUAACGCGUUAAGCAUGGCAACCGGCCAACCAGUUGUACCUCAAGUCCAAACUAACAGCACCCCUCCGAUAGCGACUCAAUGUUUUAUGUUAAGUAAUAUGUUUGAUCCGACGUCGGAAAAUCAACAAAGUUGGGAUACAGAGAUACGAGAUGAUGUAAUUGAGGAGUGUAAUAAACACGGUGGGGUUUUGCACGUUUUUGUGGAUAAAGGUUCCCCCCAAGGAAACGUUUACGUAAAAUGUCCGUCGAUUGCGACUGCGGUGGCUUCGGUUAAUUCGCUUCAUGGGCGUUGGUUUGCUGGAAGAGUUAUUACGGCCGCUUAUGUACCUUUGAUGAAUUAUCACGCGUUGUUUCCUGAUGCUAUGUCCGCCCAACAAUUAUUGUUGCCAUCAACAAGGAAGUAAAAGUAAGGAUUGUGGAUUUGAAGAUAUAUUUUCUUUACGUUAUUAUUUUUUUUUUGUUAGGAAGAAGUAGAAUUUAAAUUGUGUGUUUAGAUUAACACUAUAACAAUUAAAAAUGAGUUGUAAUAAUUUGUGUAUAUUUUAAGUACUACAUAUAGCUGAUAAGUAAUUUGUAGAUAAUAUAAUUGAUGAUAAAAAGGUAAUAAGAAACAUAAUUAUCUUUUAA